CCAGGCAGGAGGCAUCAUCGUGUCCCAGAUCGAGGCAUUCCUCCACAGCAUCUGCGCAAACCGCCGCCGCCAACCCUUUUACCCUACCCGAUUCGGCUGGGCUCUGGGCGAGAUCACCGUCGAGGCAGGUCCACCGAUCCAUCCAUCCCCCCUUCGCCUUCCCUUCUUCCCCUGCAAUCUGCAAUGCAAUGCAAACUUCCAAGGAAUUUGAAUUUCUUCCUACUGGGUAGCAAACUCGGAGCAACCAUCUGAAGCAGGCAAGCUGUUCGACGAAAUGCCCCCGAGGAAGAAACCCAAAGCCGAGGCCGUCUCCCUCGACCGCCUCAGCGCCCUCCCGGACGACCUCCUCCACAAGGUCAUGUCGUUCCUCAGGGCGUGGGAGGUGGCGCGCACCUGCGUGCUCUCGCGCCGCUGGCGCGGCCUCUGGGCCUCCGCGCCCUGCGUCGACCUCCGGGUCUGCUGCAAGGCCCGGCACCGGCGCCUCCCCACGCGUCUCGCCAGCUUCGCCAACCACUUCUUGCUCCUGCGGGAGGCGUCCGCGCCGCUGGACGCCCUCCGGGUCCUGUCCAGCCCCCCACGCCAGGACGCUCCACACAUGCCCUACAGUCCCCGGUACGACGACGACGGGGAGGACUACUCCUCCGAGGACGUCGAAAUGUGGAUCCGCGCUGCCAUAAACCGCAGGGCCCGGUUCAUCCAGCUCAGCCACCACCCAAGGGACGACGACCUCUCCGACCUCGACAACGUGCCCCUCGUCUCCUGCCACCUCAAACACCUGCAUCUGUCGGGCACAAUGCUGUACGACAAGACGCUGAGGCAGCUCUCCUCUCAGUGCCCUUCUCUGCAAGUCCUGGAGCUCAAAGACUGCUCCCUGGAUGGCCCCCACAUAUCAUCUGCCUCGCUUAUCACUUUCACCAUGGUCAAGUGCAGGAUCAUCAGGGACCUCACCGUUGCUGCUCCCAACCUCAUAUCGCUGCGCUGUGUCAAUCCAUACCACCACGCCCCCUCGUUCCAAGACAUGGCUUCCCUGGCCACAGCCACAAUCAUGCUUAAUGACUCUUUCUUGCAUGAUGAGUUUGAAGAGAGGUAUGCAGAGCCCGAUCCAGAGGUGUUUGAGUGUGACAGUGACUCAAAUGAUGACAGCGACGCUGAUAGCGACUUGAGUACAAGUGAUGAGUUCUAUGGUGACAAAGUUUUAGGUGGCCAAAAUGUUAUCCGCAGCCUGUCGAAUGCUACAAGUUUGGAGCUGAUAGCUGAUGCCGAAGAGGUGAUUCUGAAUAGGGAAUUGGAGAUGUGCCCAGUUUUUAGCAACCUGAAGGUGUUAUCCCUUGGUGAAUGGUGUAUGGCUGCUGACUUGCAUCCAUUAGUUUUGUUCCUGCAGCAUGCUCCAAAUCUCGAGAGGCUUUUUCUUAAACUCAAAACGGAACAUGAGGAAAUAGAUGACGAUAUCAAACCCGAGGGUACAUCAUUUGCUUGCAAAAACCUUACAAUGGUCAAUAUAAAAUGUCCCAUGGAUGAUGAAAGAGUUCCUGUGUUAGAACAGUUCUUCGUGGCUAAUGGCAUAGCGAUGGAAAAGAUAUCUGUCUAUCACCGACCGACUCACCAACCUCGCCUUUCCUUGGCCAUAAGACGCUGAUGGGCUGCCGUGUAGGAGCUGCAGACUUGGCGAUGAUUCUCUCAUGCGGCACAGAUCAUGGCACAGAGCUUCUGAUAUGCUUCAUUUGAGUAGCUCUGAAGUUGGAACUAUGUGUGCCUCUAUGAAACCCUUAAAAGUCGAGACUGUUUUUCUCUAGCGUUGUGAGUUAGCAUUAUUAUAUAUUGAUCAAAGUUGGUUUCGUCCUUCGACAAGUACCUUAUGAAAUGAUGUUACCAUGGUAUUGUGGAAUGUUCAUACUAACCAUGACAUUAUUGUGGAAUGUUCACGCUAAGAGUAGCCAAUUUAUGCUUUCU